CCCAGGGCACUGAGUCCCGGGCUAGUGCGCUCCCGAAACCGGCUAUCCAGCGGACUCACGACCCAGCGAACGGGCUUCAUGGCGGCAUGGCCGGUGUCCCGGAUGCUGCGGGGAGUUCUAAGGAGCAGCACGAGAAGCUGCAGCUCGGGAGCUCCGGUGACGCAGCCCCGCCCCGGGGAGUCCUCCCAACCUGUCACAGAGGAGCUGUCCCAGAGGAGGCAGUUCCUACACGAGCAUGCAGCCCCCUUCUCCGACUUCCUCACCGACAGCUUUGGCCGCCAGCACAGCUACCUGCGGAUCUCCCUCACCGAGAAGUGCAACCUCAGAUGUCAAUACUGCAUGCCUGAAGAGGGUGUCCCACUGACCCCCAAGGCUGAUCUACUGACCACGGAGGAGAUCCUGACCCUAGCUCGGCUCUUUGUGAAAGAAGGUGUAGACAAGAUCAGGCUCACAGGAGGAGAGCCGCUCAUCCGGCCAGAUGUGGUGGACAUUGUGGCCCAGCUCCGCCAACUGGAAGGGCUGAGGACCAUCGGCGUCACCACCAAUGGCAUCAACCUGGCCCGGCUGCUGCCCCAGCUUCAGAAAGCUGGUCUCACUGCCAUCAACAUCAGUCUGGACACGCUGGUGCCAGCCAAGUUUGAGUUCAUCGUCCGCAGGAAAGGCUUCCACAAGGUCAUGGAGGGCAUCCACAAGGCCAUUGAGCUAGGCUACAGCCCUGUGAAGGUAAACUGUGUGGUGAUGAGAGGCCUGAACGAGGAUGAGCUUCUGGACUUUGUGGCCCUGACCGAGGGCCUCCCCCUGGACGUGCGCUUCAUAGAGUACAUGCCCUUUGAUGGCAACAAGUGGAACUUCAAGAAGAUGGUCAGUUAUAAGGAGAUGCUGGAUACCCUCCGGCGCCGGUGGCCGGAGCUGGAGAAGCUGCCCGAGGAGGAAUCCAGCACAGCCAAGGCCUUUAAAAUCCCUGGCUUCCAAGGCCAGGUCAGCUUCAUCACGUCCAUGUCUGAGCAUUUUUGUGGGACUUGCAACCGGCUGCGCAUCACAGCUGAUGGCAACCUCAAGGUCUGCCUCUUUGGGAACUCCGAGGUAUCUCUACGGGAUCACCUGCGGGCAGGGGCCUCUGAGGAGGAGCUACUGAGAAUCAUCGGGGCUGCCGUGGGCAGGAAGAAACGGCAGCACGCAGGCAUGUUCAAUAUUUCCCAGAUGAAGAACCGGCCCAUGAUCCUCAUCGAAUUAUUUUUGAUGUGCCAAGACUCCCCACCAGCUAUUCCGAGCAUUUCUUCCUGGGACCCCCUCCAUGUUCAGGGUCUGAGACACAAAGUGAGUUUCUUCAACCAGAUGGCGACUUUGUGGAAAGGAUGCCGGGUCCCCUACACCGCUCCCCUCGCCCAGUGGCAGCUGGGCUUCAUCUCCCCUCAGAGACACUACAGCUCCCACCUAGAAUCAGAUUCUAACCCAGAGUGCCUUAGCCCUGUGUCCCGGGCUCCUGCCACCCCCUCAGGACCCCUGGCGACCUCAGACCAACUGACCCAUGUGGAUGCAGAAGGACAGGCAGCCAUGGUAGAUGUGGGCAGGAAGCCAGACACAGAACGGGUGGCCGUGGCCUCAGCGGUCGUCCUCCUGGGACCCGUGGCCUUCAAGCUCGUCCAAGAGAACCAGCUAAAGAAGGGAGAUGCCCUGGUGGUGGCCCAGCUCGCGGGAGUCCAGGCAGCCAAGAUGACCAGUCAGCUGAUUCCUCUGUGUCACCAGGUGGCCCUGAGCCAUGCCCAGGUGCGGCUGGAGCUGGACAGCACGCGCCAUGCUGUGGAGAUCCGGGCAUCUUGCCGGGCCCGGGGUCCCACUGGGGUGGAGAUGGAGGCUCUGACCUCAGCCUCUGUGGCUGCCCUCACCCUGUAUGACAUGUGCAAGGCUGUCAGCAGGGACAUUGUGCUGGGGGAGAUCAAGCUCAUUAGCAAGACGGGGGGUCAGCGGGGGGACUUCCAUAGGACUUAAAGCCCCUGCCUCCUCUUACCCAUGGCCCAACCAGGUCACGUGAUGGGGUGCAAUAGGGGUCAAGGGAAAGAUAGAUGUCAAGUCCCUUUAACUCUGUCACUGUUUACCUUCACCAGAAGCAGCCCAGGGUCAGCCCACUGUAUUGAUAGAUGACCUAUAGUGACUUUUGAGUUUCCCUUGCAUUGGAGUGAAGCCAGCAGGCCCUUCAGCUUUCCUGGACACUAAGGUCAUAGGACGUGGUCUCAAGGAGCAAUGGUGGAGAGCUGGAAAUCACUUUGUGUUAUUUUUAACUCUUUGAGACAACCAGCUUCAGACAGUCCAGCCCAUCGCUUCCUCUUCUCACUUUGGGUUUUCUCUUCUUCUACUUCCCUGGGGAGAGAACAAGGGCUCACUCAGCAGAGGAACCCACUUUGAGGAGGGAAAGCACAGCUUGCAUUUAGAAUGUAUCAUUGCUCUUCUUGAGUGGCUUUACCUUCCUAAGAUUUGGGGUCACAGCCCCACUCCCCCACCCCGUUUUCCUCCUUGCCAUCUGUUGAGCCAGUGAUGCCUCCUUUUGCCUGAUCUGCAUCCCGUCAGACUUGCAGGCUGUCAGCUUAACAAUUACACCAUCCCGCCAGCUCCCUCCCUCAGUCCCCUCCUCCUACACAGGCCUUGGCGCUCAGGUCUCCUAAUAAGACACGCCUCUCCUACCCUCCCUGCGCCAGGCCCUGCUGCCCACUACCCCACCCCUUUAUUCUGGAACACAUCAGGGAAAGAAGAGCGUUGAGGGCUGCUUCCACCUUCACAGCACACCACAAGCCAUGAUGCCAGUUUCAGAGAAUGAAGCUGAAUGAUCCCAGGUGCCUGCAGUUUCAGCAGGCACGCAGCUGCAGCAUGUCAUCCCCACCACAAGGCCCAUCUCCUGGGACAGACAGCAGAAGAGUGAGAGGCAUGUUCUCUUUGCAUCACCCCCUCUUCCUGGUGGGAGAAGGUAGUGGAGUCGGAGCACAGAAAUGGACCAUCUGUGGUGACAUUAGAUACAGGUGUCUGAAGCUUAUGGUCUGUGAUAACAAUCACAGAUCAUCAGUGAACGGGAGUACACAUGGAGGCUGGACUUGCUGCUGGUUCUCUGUUGGGGCUCUAGCUACACUGCCUGCCAGCCCUGUCCCCAGGUAUGCUGGCAAAUAUUUAGCAACCAGCUCUUGAGGAAAAGAAGAGCCCAAUUCCAUGGCAGAUUUCAAGCUCACAAGAUAAAUCCCUGAAAAAGUUAACAGCAAUCCCCUCAGAACCAGCGUGAUUUGGCUCCAGCGCCUCACCUCUGCCCUUUCCCCAGCACACCCCAAGCCCCCGCCCUGGCAAGAAGGCGCAAGUUUCAAGGCAGGCUAGAUGGGGAUGGUAUGGAUUUAAUAUUUUUUAGUAUUACAAUAUAUUCUUAUAAAAAAGGUGCAGGUAAACAGGACUCUGCAGAUUUUGUACAUUACCCUCCUUUGUCGUCCGAGAGAGCUGGUGAGAGCAGCCUUGGCACCAAGGCAUCCCUGGUAGAGGUGGGGGAGAGGGUCACGACUCCCCUCCCCGGCUGGUAGAAAGGGAUGGGUGUGGGGAAGACCCUGGACUAGACCCUCCCCCACCCACUGCCCUGAACACACCUUCCUUCCACCACAGGGCAGGAGUGGAGCUGCUGCUGAGCAGGCGACAGGUUGCAUUAGGCUAACAGCUUUAUAAUGACACGAAAUUUGACAGCUGGAGGAAUUUACCCAAAGGUGGCAGGGGCGGUGGGGAGGGAUCUUGGAAAGCAAGACCAAGGAACAAAUACAACAGGCGUAAACAUCUCGCAUCUCAAAGGCCCACUCAGCCAUCUGCACAGGGCACCAGCCCCUUCUGCUGAGUCAGCCGUCAUGGCCCAUGGUCCAAGGCACUGUUGGAGAUCCAGCCAGAGUGGCAUCUAAUGCCAGAGCCACUGACCAGAGCUAGAAAAUAAUAAAUAGAGAAGGAAAAAUCUUUUGGGGUGAGAAGCCUGAGCCCUAGAACAAUGUAUGUGUCCUCUGUAAACAGUUAAACCAAACUCUGCUUUUCUGCGGAUCCCAGGUGCUUGAUCGACUUCCAUAUUUAUUCCUUCUUGGCGUGGAUCCAGUCUUCCCUCCUAGGUGGGGCUGCCAGGACUUGGCAUGCCAGAAGUGGAGUCCUUCCCUGUGGGUUAGGUUGGUCAUAGACCAGCCCACUGGGGAGAGGACCUUAAGGGAACCCACCCACGAUCGUUCCAUCACCCAAAUUCUUGGGUGUACAGAUGGGUGUCACAAAGCUCUCCACGGCCGCUCUUCCUGCGAGCUUUCAUGUUACCCCCACCUGGACUCCAGGAUGGCCUCUGCACCGUCCCAGCCAGGCUUGUCCUUGUUCCGAUCCCUCCCCCUCGAACCAACGCACAUGCCGGGCUCACCUCCCAUUUCUCCCCUGCAGCUACUGUGGACCCACCCCAGGAAUCAUGUAGGGAAAGGACAGGUGGCUGAAGAGUGGGCCCAGCCCACCAGUCUGCCCACUGGCAAUAACCCUGAGCCAGAGAGUAGGUUGGAAAACGGGAGGUACGUGAAGGGGAGGGUAGGUGGCUAGAAGGGUGAGGAGCUAGCCUCAGAGGAUGAAAGGCCAACUCUAGCAGGGGAAACCCUAAGAGCUGUGAGAGAAUGGACCUCAUCUCCUUCCUCAUAACGGGAGAAAACAUGUGUAGAGACCGCCAUCCUGCUCCAUGAGGA